AUGUACAACCUACUAUUGCUGGUACUGUUAUUUUGUGUUCCUGCUAUAAUAUCCACCGAAUCUGCAUUACAUAAAAAAGCACAUGCAAAUGGACAGAAAGAAUAUUCAUUUAUGAAAGAGAUCAAAAAGAAUCAAUGCACAUGCACCUGUUCCUGCAUUCCACAAACCGAAAAAGAUAAAAACACUGCAACAUCUGCAGAAUCAUCUACUUGGACGAUCGCGGAAGAAACGACGUACAACACUGAAAUUUGGAAAACCGACAAAACCAGCAAACACCAUUCAGAAGAGCAUAAAGGAACAAAACCCUCAACAUACAUAUUGAUGAGCACAACUCAAGCUAUAAAUGAAAACGAUAUUGAAGAAAAAAUUCUGGAAGAAUUAGAAAAAAUCAUUCAACAUCAGGAACUAGGAGAAAAGGGAAAAACGACAUAUAUGGAAGCUUCAGUAUCACCAUCAGCUAGCACAGGGCUGCCAGGUCUUGGUCUAUCGAUGACACCUUUCUCUAUACCUGAAUCUUCAGUGUCGAUGAAGUCAACUGUAUCUGCAAAUGAAACAGGAAUUGAGGAAAGAAUUCAAGAAGAGGAAGAAGAAAUGAAAAGACUGGGAGAAAAGGGAGAAACGACAUAUAUGGAAGCUUCAGUAUCACCAUCGGCAGGCACUGGGCUGCUUGGUCUUGGUCCAUCGAUGACACCUUUCUCUAUACCUGAAUCUUCAGUGUCGAUGAAGUCAAGUGUAUCUGCAAAUGAAACAGGAAUUGAAGGAAGAAUUCAAGAAGAGGAAGAAGAACAGGAAUACAAAAAAUUGGGCGAAAAAGGAGAAACGACAUAUAUGGAAGCUUCAGUAUCACCAUCAACUGGCACUGGGCUGGCUGGUCUUGGUCUAUCGAUGACACCUUUCUCUAUACCUGAAUCUUCAGUGUCGAUGAAGUCAACUGUAUCUGCAAAUGAAACAGGCAUUGAAGGAAGAAUUCAAGAAGAGGAAGAAGAACAGGAAUACAAAAAAUUGGGCGAAAAAGGAGAAACGACAUAUAUGGAAGCUUCAGUAUCACCAUCAACUGGCACUGGGCUGCCUGGUCUUGGUCUAUCGAUGACACCUUUCUCUAUGCCUGAAUCUUCAGUGUCGAUGAAGUCAACUGUAUCUGCAAAUGAAACAGGAAUUGAGGAAAGAAUUCAAGAAGAGGAAGAAGAAAUGAAAAGACUGGGAGAAAAGGGAGAAACGACAUAUAUGGAAGCUUCAGUAUCACCAUCAGCUGGCACUGGGCUGCCUGGUCUUGGUCUAUCGAUGACACCUUUCUCUAUACCUGAAUCUUCAGUGUCGAUGAAGUCAACUGUAUCUGCAAAUGAAACAGGAAUUGAGGAAAGAAUUCAAGAAGAGGAAGAAGAAAUGAAACGACUGGGAGAAAAGGGAGAAACGACAUAUAUGGAAGCUUCAGUAUCACCAUCAGCUAGCACAGGGCUGCCAGGUCUUGGUCUAUCGAUGACACCCUUCUCUAUACCUGAAUCUUCAGUGUCGAUGAAGUCAACUGUAUCUGCAAAUGAAACAGGCAUUGAAGGACGAAUUCAAGAAGAGGAAGAAGAACAGGAAUACAAAAAAUUGGGCGAAAAAGGAGAAACGACAUAUAUGGAAGCUUCAGUAUCACCAUCAGCUGGCACUGGGCUGCCUGGUCUUGGUCUAUCGAUGACACCUUUCUCUAUACCUGAAUCUUCAGUGUCGAUGAAGUCAACUGUAUCUGCAAAUGAAACAGGAAUUGAGGAAAGAAUUCAAGAAGAGGAAGAAGAAAUGAAAAGACUGGGAGAAAAGGGAGAAACGACAUAUAUGGAAGCUUCAGUAUCACCAUCAGCUGGCACUGGGCUGCCUGGUCUUGGUCUAUCGAUGACACCCUUCUCUAUACCUGAAUCUUCAGUGUCGAUGAAGUCAACUGUACCUGCAAAUGAAACAGGCAUUGAAGGAAGAAUUCAAGAAGAGGAAGAAGAGGAGGAAUACAAAAAAUUGGGCGAAAAAGGAGAAAAGACAUAUAUGGAAGCUUCAGUAUCACCAUCGGCAGGCACUGGGCUGCUUGGUCUUGGUCCAUCGAUGACACCUUUCUCUAUACCUGAAUCUUCAGUGUCGAUGAAGUCAGCUGUAUCUGCAAAUGAAACAGGAAUUGAAGGAAGGAUUCAAGAAGAGGAAGAAGAGGAGGAAUACAAAAAAUUGGGCGAAAAAGGAGAAACGACAUAUAUGGAAGCUUCAGUAUCACCAUCAGCUGGCACUGGGCUGCCUGGUCUUGGUCUAUCGAUGACACCCUUCUCUAUACCUGAAUCUUCAGUGUCGAUGAAGUCAACUGUAUCUGCAAAUGAAACAGGCGUUGAAGGAAGGAUUCAAGAAGAGGAAGAAGAGGAGGAAUACAAAAAAUUGGGCGAAAAAGGAGAAACGACAUAUAUGGAAGCUUCAGUAUCACCAUCAGCUGGCACUGGGCUGCUUGGUCUAUCGAUGACACCUUUCUCUAUACCUGAAUCUUCAGUGUGGAUGAAGUCAACUGUAUCUGCAAAUGAAACAGGAAUUGAGGAAAGAAUUCAAGAAGAGGAAGAAGAAAUGAAAAGACUGGGAGAAAAGGGCGAAACGACAUAUAUGGAAGCUUCAGUAUCACCAUCAGCUGGCACUGGGCUGCCUAGUCUUGGUCUAUCGAUGACACCCUUCUCUAUACCUGAAUCUUCAGUGUCGAUGAAGUCAACUGUAUCUGCAAAUGAAACAGGCAUUGAAGGAAGAAUUCAAGAAGAGGAAGAAGAGGAGGAAUACAAAAAAUUGGGCGAAAAAGGAGAAACGACAUAUAUGGAAGCUUCAGUAUCACCAUCAGCUGGCACUGGGCUGCCUGGUCUUGGUCUAUCGAUGACACCCUUCUCUAUACCUGAAUCUUCAGUGUCGAUGAAGUCAACUGUAUCUGCAAAUGAAACAGGCGUUGAAGGAAGGAUUCAAGAAGAGGAAGAAGAGGAGGAAUACAAAAAAUUGGGUGAAAAAGGAGAAACGACAUAUAUGGAAGCUUCAGUAUCACCAUCAGCUGGCACUGGGCUGCCUGGUCUUAGUCUAUCGAUGACACCUUUCUCUAUGCCUGAAUCUUCAGUGUCGAUGAAGUCAACUGUAUCUGCAAAUGAAACAGGAAUUGAGGAAAGAAUUCAAGAAGAGGAAGAAGAAAUGAAACGACUGGGAGAAAAGGGAGAAACGACAUAUAUGGAAGCUUCAGUAUCACCAUCAGCUGGCACUGGGCUGCCUGGUCUUGGUCUAUCGAUGACACGUUUCUCUAUACCUGAAUCUUCAGUGUCGAUGAAGUCAGCUGUAUCUGGAAAUGAAACAGGCAUUGAAGGACGAAUUCAAGAAGAGGAAGAAGAACAGGAAUACAAAAAAUUGGGCGAAAAAGGAGAAACGACAUAUAUGGAAGCUUCAGUAUCACCAUCAGCUGGCACUGGGCUGCCUGGUCUUGGUCUAUCGAUGACACCUUUCUCUAUGCCUGAAUCUUCAGUGUCGAUGAAGUCAACUGUAUCUGCAAAUGAAACAGGAAUUGAGGAAAGAAUUCAAGAAGAGGAAGAAGAAAUGAAAAGACUGGGAGAAAAGGGAGAAACGACAUAUAUGGAAGCUUCAGUAUCACCAUCAGCUGGCACUGGGCUGCCUGGUCUUGGUCUAUCGAUGACACCCUUCUCUAUACCUGAAUCUUCAGUGUCGAUGAAGUCAGCUGUAUCUGCAAAUGAAACAGGCAUUGAAGGACGAAUUCAAGAAGAGGAAGAAGAACAGGAAUACAAAAAAUUCGGCGAAAAAGGAGAAACGACAUAUAUGGAAGCUUCAGUAUCAUCAUCAGCUGGCACUGGGCUGCCUGGUCUUGGUCUAUCGAUGACACCUUUCUCUAUGCCUGAAUCUUCAGUGUCGAUGAAGUCAACUGUAUCUGCAAAUGAAACAGGAAUUGAGGAAAGAAUUCAAGAAGAGGAAGAAGAAAUGAAACGACUGGGAGAAAAGGGAGAAACGACAUAUAUGGAAGCUUCAGUAUCACCAUCAGCUGGCACUGGGCUGCCUGGUCUUGGUCUAUCGAUGACACCUUUCUCUAUACCUGAAUCUUCAGUGUCGAUGAAGUCAGCUGUAUCUGCAAAUGAAACAGGAAUUGAGGAAAGAAUUCAAGAAGAGGAAGAAGAAAUGAAACGACUGGGAGAAAAGGGAGAAACGACAUAUAUGGAAGCUUCAGUAUCACCAUCAGCUGGCGCUGGGCUGCCUGGUCUUGGUCUAUCGAUGACACCCUUCUCUAUACCUGAAUCUUCAAUGUCGAUGAAGUCAACUGCAUCUGCAAAUGAAACAGGCAUUGAAGGAAGAAUUCAAGAAGAGGAAGAAGAACAGGAAUACAAAAAAUUAGGCGAAAAAGGAGAAACGACAUAUAUGGAAGCUUCAGUAUCACCAUCAGCUGGCACUGGGCUGCCUGGUCUUGGUCUAUCGAUGACACCCUUCUCUAUGCCUGAAUCUUCAGUGUCGAUGAAGUCAACUGUAUCUGCAAAUGAAACAGGCGUUGAAGGAAGAAUUCAAGAAGAAAAAGAAGAGGAGGAAUACAAAAAAUUGGGCGAAAAAGGAGAAACGACAUAUAUGGAAGCUUCAGUAUCACCAUCAGCUGGCACUGGGCUGCCUGGUCUUGGUCUAUCGAUGACACCUUUCUCUAUGCCUGAAUCUUCAGUGUCGAUGAAGUCAGCUGUAUCUGCAAAUGAAACAGGCAUUGAAGGAAGAAUUCAGGAAGAGGAAGAAGAACAGGAAUACAAAAAAUUGGGCGAAAAAGGAGAAACGACAUAUAUGGAGGCUUCAGUAUCACCAUCAGCUGGCACUGGGCUGCCUGGUCUUGGUCUAUCGAUGACACCUUUCUCUAUACCUGAAUCUUCAGUGUCGAUGAAGUCAACUGUAUCUGCAAAUGAAACAGGCGUUGAAGGAAGAAUUCAAGAAGAAAAAGAAGAGGAGGAAUACAAAAAAUUGGGCGAAAAAGGAGAAACGACAUAUAUGGAAGCUUCAGUAUCACCAUCAGCUGGCACUGGGCUGCCUGGUCUUGGUCUAUCGAUGACACCUUUCUCUAUACCUGAAUCUUCAGUGUCGAUGAAGUCAGCUGUAUCUGCAAAUGAAACAGGCAUUGAAGGACGAAUUCAAGAAGAGGAAGAAGAACAGGAAUACAAAAAAUUGGGCGAAAAAGGAGAAACGACAUAUAUGGAAGCUUCAGUAUCACCAUCAGCUGGCACUGGGCUGCCUGGUCUUGGUCUAUCGAUGACACCUUUCUCUAUACCUGAAUCUUCAGUGUCGAUGAAGUCAACUGCAUCUGCAAAUGAAACAGGCAUUGAAGGAAGAAUUCAGGAAGAGGAAGAAGAACAGGAAUACAAAAAAUUGGGCGAAAAAGGAGAAACGACAUAUAUGGAAGCUUCAGUAUCACCAUCAGCUGGCACUGGGCUGCCUGGUCUUGGUCUAUCGAUGACACCCUUCUCUAUGCCUGAAUCUUCAGUGUCGAUGAAGUCAACUGUAUCUGCAAAUGAAACAGGCGUUGAAGGAAGAAUUCAAGAAGAAAAAGAAGAGGAGGAAUACAAAAAAUUGGGCGAAAAAGGAGAAACGACAUAUAUGGAAGCUUCAGUAUCACCAUCAGCUGGCACUGGGCUGCCUGGUCUUGGUCUAUCGAUGACACCUUUCUCUAUGCCUGAAUCUUCAGUGUCGAUGAAGUCAGCUGUAUCUGCAAAUGAAACAGGAAUUGAGGAAAGAAUUCAAGAAGAGGAAGAAGAAAUGAAACGACUGGGAGAAAAGGGAGAAACGACAUAUAUGGAAGCUUCAGUAUCACCAUCAGCUGGCGCUGGGCUGCCUGGUCUUGGUCUAUCGAUGACACCCUUCUCUAUACCUGAAUCUUCAAUGUCGAUGAAGUCAACUGCAUCUGCAAAUGAAACAGGCAUUGAAGGAAGAAUUCAAGAAGAGGAAGAAGAACAGGAAUACAAAAAAUUAGGCGAAAAAGGAGAAACGACAUAUAUGGAAGCUUCAGUAUCACCAUCAGCUGGCACUGGGCUGCCUGGUCUUGGUCUAUCGAUGACACCCUUCUCUAUGCCUGAAUCUUCAGUGUCGAUGAAGUCAGCUGUAUCUGCAAAUGAAACAGGCGUUGAAGGAAGAAUUCAAGAAGAAAAAGAAGAGGAGGAAUACAAAAAAUUGGGCGAAAAAGGAGAAACGACAUAUAUGGAAGCUUCAGUAUCACCAUCAGCUGGCACUGGGCUGCCUGGUCUUGGUCUAUCGAUGACACCUUUCUCUAUACCUGAAUCUUCAGUGUCGAUAAAGUCAACUGUAUCUGCAAAUGAAACAGGAAUUGAGGAAAGAAUUCAAGAAGAGGAAGAAGAAAUGAAACGACUGGGAGAAAAGGGAGAAACGACAUAUAUGGAAGCUUCAGUAUCACCAUCAGCUGGCACUGGGCUGCCUGGUCUUGGUCUAUCGAUGACACCCUUCUCUAUACCUGAAUCUUCAAUGUCGCUGAAGUCAACUAUAUCUGCAAAUGAAACAGGCAUUGAAGGAAGAAUUCAAGAAGAGGAAGAAGAACAGGAAUACAAAAAAUUGGGCGAAAAAGGAGAAACGACAUAUAUGGAAGCUUCAGUAUCACCAUCAGCUGGCACUGGGCUGCCUGGUCUUGGUCUAUCGAUGACACCCUUCUCUAUACCUGAAUCUUCAGUGUCGAUGAAGUCAACUGUAUCUGCAAAUGAAACAGGCAUUGAAGGAAGAAUUCAAGAAGAGGAAGAAGAACAGGAAUACAAAAAAUUGGGCGAAAAAGGAGAAACGACAUAUAUGGAAGCUUCAGUAUCACCAUCAGCUGGCACUGGGCUGCCUGGUCUUGGUCUAUCGAUGACACCCUUCUCUAUACCUGAAUCUUCAGUGUCGAUGAAGUCAACUGUAUCUGCAAAUGAAACAGGAAUUGAGGAAAAAAUUCAAGAAGAGGAAGAAGAAGUGGAAUACAAACAUGGGAGAAAAGGAGAAACGACAUAUAUGGAAGCUUCAGUAUCACCAUCAGCUGGCACUGGGCUGCCUGGUCUUGGUCUAUCGAUGACACCCUUCUCUAUACCUGAAUCUUCAGUGUCGAUGAAGUCAACUGUAUCUGCAAAUGAAACAGGCAUUGAAGGACGAAUUCAAGAAGAGGAAGAAGAACAGGAAUACAACAAAAAUUGCGAAAAGAAAAGAGGAAAACGACAUAUAUGGAAGCUUCAGUAUCACCAUCAGCUGGCACUGGGCUGCCUGGUCUUGGUCUAUCGAUGA